GGUAAAUACAGUAAUUUGGGGGAGAGGAGGAAAAGAUAUGAAGACUUUGCUGUCCUCUGAGGGAGGAUGAAAUGAUGAUGCUAAGAAGUGGGUAGAGGAGGGUGCGUGCUCCAAACCUAGGGACUGGCUCCACUAAAUGGGGGAGGAUCAAAUUAGAAAAUGACUUAAAGGAAUCCAGUUUGGCUAAAACUUAGAGGGCAGCCUCUAGUUCUUCCCAUAGAAACAGUCAGGGGUAUACACGUCUUUUCCAGGUCCUUUGGGUUUGAACAUAACUUAUCAUAGAUCACUUUGCGGUUAAGAGUCUGCACAUUCACAUUUUAACGCUCACUUAUUCUUAUAAGAAUAGGAGAUUUGUGAAGUAUACUUCCCUGACACAGAAUUAAUUGUAGUAUAAUAAUAGCAAUUGCUAUUUUUGCUUUUUGCUACCAAUUAAUGGUAAUGAUCUAGAGAGAUUGCUUUUAUUAUGAAACUCCACGGAGUGCAUAUAAGUCAUCCGUUGUCUGGCUUCUGUUGGUGGUGAGGAAGGAUAGGAACAGCCAAACUUUCUCACCCUCACCAACAUCAUCCUUGCUUACAAUCUCAACCCAAAGGCCCAGGGCGAGGAACAGUUGUUUAGAUCACAUUUCUCAUUUUCAGAACAAAAUGUCCAAGUCUGGAAAGCAGGAAUUCCUCAUGUUAUCCAUCUCCAGUAUAAAAUGAUUUGGUUCUUCAGGGAUGUGUGUGAAUGUCGUAUUUCCACACACAUAGCAUUUUUGCUCUGUCUCUGAAGUUAAAGGAUUUAACUAAUUUCUAAGAGUGUAAAUACAUUUUUUUAAAAAUUAGAUGAGGUGGGGAGGGCCCAGAAAUUAUAGACAACAGGUCUAUAAAGUGCUCUUUUUUCUAAACUGAACAGUUUACUUAGCCAUUGUAGACAUAGCCUUUAAGACAAUGCUGUUUGGCUGAAAAAUCAUCAGCAAAUGGACAUUUAACUCCACAAAGAAGUUACAUUUACUCUACACAACUGACAUUUUGUUGUCUCUGCAUUUUUUAGUUCCUAUAAUAAGUUCUCAGCAGGUAGUAUAGGACUACAAGAAGAUUCCUCUUAGCUUGGUGAAACUUAGUUCUACGUCUCAUCUAAGAGGCUCAUCUUUUUUGUUCGGGAGAAUUUCAUAAGGAGGGAUUGAAUGAGUAAGGCUAGAAGGAAGUUAAAUCUGGGAUUGGAAAUGAGGUGUUUCUGGCAUAUAUGAGUCCGUACAACAUUUUUGUUUGUUUUUAGUGGUUGGGACUCUUCCACUUCUUUAAAAAAAAAAAAGAAAUCUUUCUUACAUUACAUUGUAAUCAUCAGAACUAUAAAGACACUUAUUGUCAGGGAAUAGCAACUGAAAGAUAUUUCAGAGCUAAGAACUGUCCAUUUUUGCUGUCCUGAUUUCUGACUGACAACCUUGGGCAAAACACAUAAAAGAAAGCAAAGAUGCAGCCUAUGGAUGACCCCCAAAGGGGGAAAUCCCUGAAGCUCUGCAGAGAUCUCUGCUCCCUGAAGCAGCAGUGACUUGUCUUUGGCAGUGAGGGACAAGCAGCAGCCACUGUUCCAUGGGAACAGGAUUUGGUAAGACUUGGCUAGGUGGUCUGUGGCCAAACUAGUUCUCAGGAUGUUUGACUAAAGGUACACUUUUGUUUGGGGGAAGUCUAAACAAGCCUUUUAAAAAACAGUGCCCUGGUGGGCAGAUAGCAAGGGCUCUGGGGUUCAGGCGGCUAUUGCUUUUUAUUGGGUGGUGUGGGGUAGGAGACUUAAGAGAGCGUUUACUUGUAAAAUGACCAGUUCCUUUUGAAAUGACAGUACUUAGGGAGGAGAGGAGAAGUGUGAGUGUAAAGGCCUGCCUUGUGUCUCCUACCUAGGGGAUGAUUAGGAGGUGUGAUGGGGGCUCCUGAUUGUUCCCAUUUAGAUGUGCCUGUUGCUACUCAAGUCUUGGUCCCGGAAGCACUUCUGUGGCCCCAGAGGCUGCGGACUUCCUUGCAUGACUUCACGCGAAGCACUUCUGGACCUCCGUUUCUCAGUCCCUUAGCUUAGUAUGAUCUCUUCUCCUUAGAACAUGUUAUCUGCCUCUUCCCUUUGUUCUACCACUCCCUGUUGUGUACCACGACUUACUUGUGUGAAUGUCGUAUUUCCACACACAGCCACCAUCCUAUAUUAGAUUUUAAAUUCCUUGGAGUCAGGAUCCUUUCAUCGUUGCCUAGCAUAGUACAUGCUUACAGUAAAUGCUCAAUGUAGAUAUACCACUUAAGGAUCCCUAUGGAAGCAGGAAAGAUGACAAAUGACAAAAGAAGAAAUUAACUCUAAAAUGUAAGCGGUGAAGGAAAUCAAACUGAAAUAUGUACUCGAAUAUAAUGGAACCUUGGUAAGUGUUGCUUCCGGAUAGUUCUAUAACCUAUGUUAUUCAUGUUAUAGUCCCCUUAUGAUUUGGUUUUAGAGCUGGAAGUGAACUAAGAGGCCACCUCUAGUGAUUGAACUGCUCUUAAGACUCCAUCUUAUAGAGGAUCUCAACAGUAUGAUAAGAAAAAGAGAUGCAUAUGAGAGAGUGUGCAGAGAUUCUGGAUUUGUAAGUGAUUGGAUGUGGGAGAAAAUAUUGAAGGGGAUUGUAAUGUCCCAGUCUUAAAAACGUACUGGAAAGAGGAUGAUUUCAGCAGCAGAAAUAGGGAAGAAUUUAAGUGUAAAAAGAGGUUUAGAAAGGGAAAUAAUGAAUUCAUUUUGCAUUUGAGAUAUUCUUGGGAUGUUUAGAUGGAAAUUUUCAGCAGACAGUUGGAGAUACAUGACUGGAGUAUAAUUGAUGUAAAAUGACUGGGAAGAGUUUGAGACAUAUAGAUAUAAAAACCACCUAUUAGAAUUAAUCAUUGAAGCCACGGGAGUGAAUGACUUGCUAAGAGAAAAGUGUAAAAAAAAAAAAAAAAAAAAAAAAAAAAGCUGGAUAGAAACUUUGGGAACACUCAGAGUUCAGGAAGAAGAUGAUAAGUUUUGAAGAAAGUCUGUAAUACUGUACCCCUCAUUUUAGGCACAAAUUUGCCAGAAACAAUCUUUAUUAAUUUAACAUUGUUUCAUUAUCUGAGCUUUUCUAGCCUAAAGAUAGAAUGAUGUCCAGACACAGUUUCUCCAUGCUCUCAUACAUGAGUAAACAACCCAACAUGAUUUGAAAUAACAUAUAAUCUUGAACAAUGAAAAGGUCAUAUGUUAAUUACAUUUUUGUGUUAACAUUCCAAAAUGCUCAUCACUAAUCAAAACCUUUGUUGACCUUUCAACAAAGAACAGCUUUCUUUUAAAUGUUCUCCUAGUAUCAACACCUCCCCACUAAAGAUCGAUUUUUAUAUCAUCCUUUCUUAAUGGCAGGAUGUUUUUCAUACCUUUUGGGACAGGGAAAAGGAAACUAACUACCUAUAGAUAGGUCAAUAAUCCAAUCACAUCUGACAGUGAGGAAAGCAACUAGCCAAACAAAUCGAGGAUUAACUUUGAUGUCACUCAGUCCAUUUCCCUAAGAAAAGACCUUUUGUCCCACUUUGACACAGGUUUUAGGCCAGAAAAAAAAAUUUCUUAAUGUUUUCAAUUGGUCUAAAAUAGUAUUUUACUGUUUCCACAUGAGUCAGAAAAGGAAAUGAAGUUGUACAGAUAGGAAAAAACAAUGUUGUGAAAGUCGGAAGAGAGAAAGGAUUCUGAAGCACCAAAUCUCGCCUGUUAAUAUUUGUAUGUAUGUGUGAUCUAUAUGUAUACAUGUAUGAAAGAAAAUAAGAAAUGAGAAAUUGCCAGUGGAUUUGGGAGUUAGGAGGAUUGGAAUAGUUCAAAGUCAAGGACUCAUUUUUUUUUUCCUUUAAUAACUUAUUUUUGCUACAGAAUCCUCAAAACCGUUAGGCUGUUGGUUAGGAAAUAUUUUUGGAAAAUGUACAGAGUUCUGUUGACUUUGUGGGAUGGCAACAACAAAAACACUUAAAAUUUGUAAAGCACUUUUCUCCCCACAAACUGUUUAGUAGGCUUUAUUAUCCUUAUUGUGCACAUGAAGAAACUGAGAUGCAAAAACAUUAAGAGACUUAACCAAAGGUCAUAUAGCUCAAGUGUCUGAGUCAGGCUUCUGAGCCAGGUUCUCCUGCCUUCUAACACCUGGGCCAAGCUCCCCUGUGCUCCAGGAGACACACCUGAGACUUCAGGUGCUUAGGCUGACUAAGAGGCAAGACUUCUGGAGAGGUCCCUUUGAACUGCGGGAAGGAGGAAGGGCCUAAACCGGCUUGUAAAGGCAGAGAUGAAGAGGUAGUGCCUUCUCAGAAGCGAGGUUGAUCCUCACCAAUGAAGAGAGAGGCAGGAGGAUGGGAGGUAGGGUGUCUGCAGUGCUUUGGUGUGCUAAAAUAUUGUAGACAAAGAGAAAAUCUUGUCUCCUCUUUAAUCCCAUAACUAUUAUAUAUAUAAUUUCUCCCCCCCAAUUAUUAUAUUUAGAAUUAUUUAUAAUUUGAAGUUUUCAGGGAAUGCAGUUUCUGCCACCAGGAAGGAGUAGGGCACUUGUUUGAAAUGCUAUCUUUCCCUCAAGCUAUAGAUAGUCGGGCCAAAGCUUCUUACUUGUGAGACCUCAUGCUUUCCAUAAAGACUUUUCCCUCCUCCUCCCUCUCCUAGAGAUUUAGUACAAAUCCUCCAAGAGGUUAUUUAACAUUAACCUCGAAUAACAAUCCCUCCCCCCCACCUCACCCCCCUGUCAACUAACCAUCAGGCGCACCUAUCAGUGGGAUCCUGAUCCUGCAACAUCUCUCCUUGGGGAGCACGCCCAGGUUCUGGAGCCAUGGACUUGGGAGGCCUAGACAAUCUCAUUGCAAACACAGCCUACCUCCAGGCCCGGGAUGGAGACACCAAGGAGAUGCAGAAGCGCCGGCGCAGCCUGGCCCUGCCCGCCCGUGAGCACUGCGCAGAGCUGCGGCAAGCCUUGCCCACUCACUUUGAGAGUAUGUGUGAGCAACAGCCCAUCGGCCGCCGCCUCUUCCACGACUUCCUGGGCACGGUGCCCGCCUACAAAGUGGCUGUGGACUUCCUCGCUGAGGUAUCCAGCUGGGAACUGGCUGAGGAGGGCAGUACCAAGGACAGCACGUUGAGGGGGCUGGUGCAAUCGUGUGCCCAGGCCACCCCCAGAGGUCAGCUCCCCUUCCUCAGCUCGGCCUUGGCCACCAAGUGCCAGGCAGCCUCAGAGACGGAGCACGCUUCCCUAGUGGAGUUGGCCAAAGCCGAGACGAUGACUUUCCUGCAGGAUCAGCCUUUCCAGGACUUCCAAGCUAGCCCCUUCUUUGACAGGUUUUUGCAGUGGAAAGCCUUUGAACAGCAGCCAAUAACAGAAAAAUAUUUCGAGGAGUUCCGAGUGCUGGGGAAGGGGGGUUUCGGGGAGGUGUGUGCCGUCCAAGUGAAAAAUACUGGCAAGAUGUAUGCUUGUAAGAAGUUGGACAAGAAGCGGCUGAAGAAGAAAAGAGGGGAGCAGAUGGCUCUUCUAGAGAAGGAAAUCCUGGAGAAAGUCAACAGCCCUUUCAUCGUGACACUGGCCUAUGCCUUUGAGAGUAAGUCCCACCUGUGCCUGGUCAUGAGCCUGAUGAAUGGCGGAGACCUCAAGUACCACAUCUACCAUGUGGGUGAGCGGGGCCUGGAGAUAAACCGGAUCGUCUUCUACUCUGCACAGAUCACUUGUGGAAUACUGCACCUGCACUCGAUCGGCAUUGUCUAUCGGGACAUGAAGCCCGAGAACGUCCUUCUGGAUGACCGCGGCAACUGCAGACUGUCGGACCUGGGACUGGCUGUCCAGAUCAAAGACGGCAAGCCCAUCACCCAGAGGGCUGGAACCAAUGGUUACAUGGCUCCAGAAAUCUUGAAGGAAGAAGAAAGUUAUUCCUAUCCUGUGGACUGGUUCGCUAUGGGCUGUACUAUUUACGAAAUGGUAGCAGGGCGAACGCCGUUCAAAGAUUACAAGGAAAAAGUCAGCAAGGAAGAUCUAAAGCAGAGAACCUUGAACGAGGAGGUCAUCUUCCAGCACGCCGGCUUCACGGAAGAAGCCAAAGAUGUCUGCCGGCUCUUCCUGGCGAAACGCGCAGAGCAGCGCCUAGGAAGCAGAGGAGUAGGGGACGAUCCCAGGAAACACGCUUUCUUCAAAACCAUCAACUUCCCCCGCCUGGAGGCCGGCCUGGUGGAGCCUCCCUUUGUGCCAGACCCCAAUGUGGUCUACGCCAAAGACGUCGGCGACAUUGAAGACUUCUCUGAGGUCAGGGGGAUUGAAUUUGAUGAAAAAGAUAGAAAGUUCUUUAAAAAAUUUGCAACAGGCGCCAUUCCAAUAGCCUGGCAAGAAGAAAUUAUAGAAACGGGACUGUUCGAAGAACUCAACGACCCCAAUAGACUGUGCUGUGUGAAUGACAGCACGUCCAAGUCCGGGGUGUGUGUGGUGCUCUGACCCGGGACCGGAUUCUGGAGAAUGCUUGGGCAGGGCCUGGUCCACCAGAAGCUUUUCACCAACCGCGCAGCUGACACGUUUCAGUUUGUAAGUCACUUUGAGGUCUGCAGCCCCGUGAGUGCGUAGAGUAGCCACAGUAGCCACAUCUCUCUCGUUGGAGAGUUUCCACGAUUUGUCCAUAAUUGUCCAUAAUGGUACAGCCCAUAGUGUCUGAGGCAGAAUUCAAACCUAGCUCUUCCAGGUCCGGCCCUCCUGACAACCUGGGACUGCCCGCGUCACGGCCGGGGCUGCAGAGGCUUAACCCGGUUCCUGGCACAUGUCAGGCCCUGGAGAAACACUUCUUCCCUUCCCCCACUGAAUGGAUCACCUCCUUUUGGUUGGGGGUUUACAAAAGCAGAUGAUGUGUCAAUUUUUAGAGAGGACUAUAAAAGGGAUGCUUGGGAUUAUUUUGAUAAGUAUGAGCAUUUCACCAUCAUGUCCCUAUGAAUUACGCAGAGUCUCUGAGACAGAGAAUGGGACUCUGUGGUGUGUUCUAAAAAUGAUCAUUUGCAAUUCUUGGUAAACAAUCUUUUUUUUUGUUUGUUUUCCCUCUUCAUCUUUCAUUUUUUUCUUAUACUGUGAAGUUUAAAUGAAAGACUUUACAGGAGGAAAAAUUCCUGGCUUUGUCUUUUAAAAAAAGAAAUGGCAACUUUUUCAUAAUAUUACAGAUUAAAGAAUAGUGUUAAGUUGCUUUGGUAGAUCUCUAUAAUAAUCCUUUAAAUAAUUCACAAUUUUAACUUAAAAUUCCCUUGAUGGCAAAAAUGUUUUCAUCUAAUAGAUAUAUAGAUUGAUCAAGUACUGAGAUAGAUUCAGUCUUUUCCAACAAAAGCAAAUUCAGGGGGCAGCUAGGUGACACAUUGGGUAGAGCUCCAGCCCUGAAAUCAGGAGGACCUGAGUUCAAAUCUGGUCUCAGAUGCUUAACACCUCCUAGCUAUGUGACCUUGGACAAGUUACUUAACCCUAAUUGCCUGGGGGGGAGGGUAGGGAGGGAAGCAAAUUCAGAUCUUAAUAUCAUGUAAUAAUAAUAAAAAUAACAGCUAACAUGUACAAAGCACCUACUGUGUGCCCAGCACUUCCUGGGAAUGUAACAAAUAUCUCAUUUGGUCCUCACAACAGCUUUGGGAGGUGCACGUAAUUCAUUGUUUUGGUUACUUAAUGAAAACUUCUGUCUGGAAUUUAGAUAAUGAAUUCUCAAUCUCUAAAAGAGUUUUGUUUUAAAUAAUUAUGGGCUAAGUGAAAAUGAACAUAAUUGAUAUGUAUCCAGUAGAGUUUCUUUCCCUUGAACAUUUUCCCAGUAUAGUGAAUUCUAAUUUCAAGCAGUAAAAGAGAAAUGGAGGAACUCAGAAACUGACCAAAAAGGAUCUUGAAUUUCAAAUGGUAAAUGAUAUUUCAGUAUAUAUUAUAUACAUACACUCAUGGCAUUGUGUGAAGGUCUCCAAAUUCCAUGCUUUAAAUUAAUUAUCUUUGGACUCAAAUCAAAAUCUGUAGAGAUAGAGAAAAUGUGUCUAUAUACACAGACAUAGCCAUACAAUUUUUUUUAGAAAUCCCAGAAUUAUGAGAAUAUACUUAUUUUUUUAAAAGGUUGACCUUAUAAGCUGAUUAAAACUUUCAAAAAAUACAGCCUUAGAAUCUUGAAUAUCUUAGAUUCAACUAACCAGAACCCUAAUAAUGUACAUUUUCCACAUUCAGUCAUUAGGGAAAAGAGGCAAAUGGCAAACACAUGUAUACAUAUGUGUGUGUGUAUAUGUAUCCUUAUACAUUAAAGUAUUAAAAAAAAACAGUCAAAAUAGGUUCCAGGGCAUACCCUGGGGCUCAAUACACAUUCAUCCCAAUCUUUUCCAUUAUCUAAGUUAGCAGACCUGUGGAAUGAGAAUUGAUGUACAGAAUGACAACUUGGAUAGAUCACCAAAGGACCUGGACUCAAGAAGACUCGAAUUUUAACUCAAUCUGUAUUUACUAUCUGUGUCAUCCUGGAAAAGUCAUGUAAUCUCUGUCAGCCUCAAGUUUCCUUUUUUAAAUAGAGAUUAUCAUAACACCUAUCUCAUAGGAUUGUUAUGAGGAUCAAGAUACAAAGAGCAAAUCAUAAAGUGUAAGUGAUUAUUAUUAGGUAAGUGGAUUUGUACAUUUUUAGGAAGAUUUCCACCCAAAGAAUUGGGAGGGGGGUGUUUUCCGGUUAGAACUUGAUUAAAUUUAAGUAGAAUGUCCUAUUAAUAGAGGUCUCCAGGUUUCACUUUAUUACAAAUGUAAAAAAAAUCAUAUAUAUACAUAUAUAAAUGUGUGUUUAUAUCUAUGUAUAUCAAUUAGAUCCUUUAUGUAUUCUUUUAUUGGCUUUGUAAAUUUCAUGUGUAAAUCUGUAUAACAUUCUAGAAUUUCUAUUUCAUGAGCAGUGGAAUUAAAUAAACACUAUGAACCCAUUAAAAACUGAUUUUAUUA